CUUUGUGUAUCAAAAUAUUUAAAUGAUUGGUUAAUUUUAUAAGGCCUUCCUUAAUUGUGUCGAUCAAUGCUUUAAUUAUAUAAGUGAAUUAAGUAGGAGAUAGCAUGUUGAAUAUUUAAUUACCUGCAGAGGCUGCACUCUCAAACAAAGUUAUAUUGUUUCUCGCUUUAAGCAAGAAUAUUAGUGAAUAUAGAAAUGGGCUGAGAUAUAGUUCAAUAUAAGAUGAAGUUCAAAUAUAGACUGUAAUUCAUGGUGAAGAAGAUGUUUUGAAAUAGUUAUAUAUAAGUUUUUACCCUCGUUCUGCGGUAUUGUCUCCUUGACCCUCGAGAAUUCGAUGAAUCGUCGACCUAGCCUGUCAUAACACAAGGUCGUAUAAACAAACACCAGCCUGAUGAAAACUAUAUAGUUGCAGUAAGUUACAUAUUCAAAAAUAUUUUUUGUUGUAUGGUUAUAGGGACCAGGUUUGGUGUAAAUGUCAUAUUAGCACUGGUUUAUCACCACUGACGCACAGGAAACCGAGACAAAUUCGAGAAAUACGAUUGCGAAAUCGAUGUUAAUCAGUGGGUUUCCCUGCGUCGAUGACGUACCUACCAUUGGCGGUUCUGAUUGGAUGAUGUCGGCCCCAUGGUAAAAUGUCGACCUUUACGAUAACGUCAUUUAAUGACAGCACAUUAUCGAGAGGGAAGGUAGUUUAUUCCACAGUAUCGACGGUCAAAUGUACGGACGGACGGCGUAAUUUGGUUAUUUCAGUAUUUUUUUGGUUUCGUCAUACAGUAUCAAAAUAUCCAAAAGAAGACAAGAUGAACAAGUGUAUCAAAGGAAAGCAAUUUUGGUGCGAGGAAUGUAUUCAUGACCAGGGUACUUGCGUGGCGUGUCCCCAAAAUUUGAGAAGUUGUUAUAAUGAGGAUAUAGCUAACCAAAAACGGUGUGUGGAUUCAUGCCGGAAAGGUAAGCCUCGAUAUAUCACCGUCGUCAAUUACUAUAUCAUUUAUCACUUAUGAGUUAUGCCUCUUGAAUUUGCUUGUGUCUUGAUUUUGUAUUGUGUACAGUAUUAUUAUGUUUUGAAUAAAUCUAUACGUUUGUCUUUGUGGUAGAUUCUUGCUAGUCUUACCAUGAAAAUGUAAAAAUAAUUGUAGCUAAUUGUCAAGACGAUUCAUGCCUUGUAUUGAGUAUUGACUUUUAUGAAUGUGGCCCUUAAUAAUAACUAUGAUAUUGUUUCAGUUUGACUGCCAUGGUAAUAUCAGUCAUGGUACUGUGGUCAUCGACGAGGUCAUCGAACUCUUAUUUGUAGAUAUAUUUAUAUAUAACUUAUACAAAGCGUUUGGAAUAGAAACUUUGUGAAUGUUGGCCAUUUUAAAGUAAAACGUUAUUUAAAACAGAGUGUUAUCUAACAAGAAAUUAAUACUCCUUUCACCAUCACUCUUCGUAUUUUUAUAUGCCGACUAAAUACGCGCUAGGGACAAACAAGUGUCAAAUCCACGCGGCAGUGAUAUGGUAUUUAACGCCCAUUCUAAUGAGUGAUUAAUACAUAUUGUUUCAACAUAUUGCAAUUUUCAAGACACAUCGAUGGCUCUGGGUUUUAUAUCAAAUAUUCAAAUUUAUAUCUAACUUCGCUUAGUCGAAGCCAAGCAAUGCCGCCGAUGUGGCAAUGAGGCAAUUAAUGCGUGGGUAGGCCUUAUAUGAUCUUAUAAAUGCCUAUAAAAUGGCAACACUCGUAUAGGUUUUUCAUAUUUAGGCGGCUCAGAAUUGGCCGCGGCUUGACCUUAUACCAAUGAUACAAUUUCUGCACCGCAAUAUAUCGGCAUGCUAAUAACUCAUAACUGUAGACUGUAGUGAAUCUAAUCUGCAGGUGGUCGAUGAUUUUGAAUAUUUAAUAACAAAUGUAAUACAUUUUUCAACAGUUUAUGUGCCUGCCUUAUAAAUGUUUCAAAUUUUGGCGACUUUUCGCAGUCAAAGUAGUCAACCAAACUAUCAAAAUGGUUCCAAUUUAAUUAACUUAUCACCACCACAAAAACACGUAUAGUUAAUAUACUGCAGUAAUACAACACUCAAUAACCCUGCCUUGUCUGAUUACUGUGAUACGGUGUUAUCAUGUGGUUUAAACAAAUGUUCGUGUUUUCUAUUAAAACAAUGAGUAACGUAAACAUAUACUAACAAAGAUUCUCCCCAAUCAAUAACGCCAUAGAUAUAUAACUUUUACUGCAUGUGUGUAAAGGCUAUUCAAAGUGUCAAGUUCACGCAUAUUAAUGUAUUAAAUUACCGUACGGUUUAUGGUACGUUUUUUAAUUUUUUAAUUCGAAAAUUAGUUUCAAUUUUCAUAUAAUAAUCGAAAUGACUUUGUGGUUCGCUGAUAAAAGCAUUACGUUGCAAUAGAUGUACCAUUUUUUUGUGUAACUUCGUUUUGUCGCAACUAUAUAAUAUUUAUGUUUCAAGUUGGGCCAUAAAUGUUAAUGUUGUUAUCCUAGCUUAGAUUUAUUCGAUUGAUCUUAAGUUUAUCGUUUGACUUCCUCCCCUCAUCACACGUAAGAUAAACUGAUUACAUUGUGCCUUGACAGUCUUGUGGUUGCGAUUUUUAGGGGUCAAAAAAAUUGCAACAAUUGCGUCAUCAAAUUUUGGAUUCAUACUUUUAUAUACUGAGUAAUAUCACGGUGUAUUAAGACUAUUAAUAUUCAGUACUCAAAGAUGCUAUUCUGGUAUCUUAGCUGAUAAGUGUCCUAUUUGGUUUUGAAAUUCUAUUUAAAAUUUCGACACAGAAGCGUACGUGAAGGUAUGCAUGGCAAAAUUAAGAAAUAUGCCAAGCUAAGCAUGUUUUUUUUUGCUGAGUUGAAAAUACGACACCACGGCCGAGCACGGGCCACAUGCUGUGAUAUGUUCUAUAUAAUUAUUUUUUACCAAUUUUGGCAAAAUCGAGGCAUGCUUUUUUCAGAAUUAAAUGUUUGGGUGUUUUCAUAAAAAAAAACAUACGUUGACGCGCACAGUCAAGGAUGAUCAUGAAGCACCGCGCAAUGACCAGAAACAGAAUACUUGUAUAAUUUGCCACUGGUUAAUCUGAAUCCUAUUGAACUUUAAUCUGAAUAGCAUUAAACUAACUAAACUGUGCCCAUCAUGUGAAGUUCUCACUUGAAAUUCUGAAUUGUUCAAUACUAAUUUGUAUACUUCGUCUUUUAGCAAAACCCAAGCCGACAAAGAAGGCACCAACAUCAAUAGUCCCCACUACACCAACGUCUUCGGCAUUUUCCCCUUCUGGCCUUUUUCCCACUCCCUCCAUACUUGUGGGAUAUCGUUCAGCAUUACAUCCAGGUGAAGCAAAGAAAGAUGAACCGCGUCUAGCUGGUAAUAACGGAGACCAUCACAUAAACGUAGGGCUUAUCGUUGCGGUAUCAGUUCUUUCCGUCUUCGCUGUGUUAACCUGCAUAGUUGUAUCACUGGUGCUUCUGAGUCGUAGGAACCGGGAAAGAUCGCGACGAAAUCGAAAUCGGGAUGAAACUGAAGGAGGAGCUGAGGAGCGUAUAGAUCUAAAUGUAACGUACGAGAUAGAAGAGAAUUCACCAGCAAAUGAUGGGGGAAUGGAUUUACAGCCGAAUGAUGAAGAACAGCGAUUUCAGGCAAAUGGUGUAGAAGAAGGUCAAGCUUCUCAGGAGACCCAGCCUGCUGUUUAUGCUACCCCUCCUUGUAGUAUUAGAGUUUUCGGGUAAGUAUAUGUGUAUUUAAAAUCCUACAACUGUUUUAACUUCUUGUUCUCCACCCUCUCUUUUUUCCCUUUUCUGCCCCCUACCCCCCCCCAAAAAAACCCCAACAACAACAACAACAACAACAACAACAACAACAACAACAACAACAACAACAACAACAACAACAACAACAACAACAAAAGCAUUCAGAGAGUUUUCAAUCUUUUUCAGCUAGUUGACUAGAGCUGAAGAAGAUUAAAUACUAAAAUAUUUUUUAAGUUUACUUAACACUGCCUUAUGUGGGUGUUAAGCCAACUAAUAUAUGCUCACUCUCUUCACAUGAUUGAGCGGAACGGCUUGUCAUGGGUCAAUCAUUUUUAUAUCCUUUCUAUUUAAUUGCCUGAAUCGUUUCAACAAUGGAAUGCAAAAAGUCAGGCUUAAUUGCCAAAUAGUGACCUUCGACGGACUGGGGGCAAAGCGCGUUCAUAUCCACUUUUCCCCAAUAAUAUAUAAAAUGCCAACUUACAAGAAAUCCAAGUAAAAUUGUAGUAAUAUACGACUAUGAACCCAGGCCAGAGUAUUUGGAUUUUCAGUCUAGGAAUUUGUAAUAAACUAAAGUUAAUCCCUUGGCUAGUUGGCUUUGCUGAUCCUUUAAUCCUUUGUUAAUCCUUUGCUUUAAAGAACCCAAGAAACCGAAGAGGACAAUUGUUCAUCUUGUUUGCACCUCAAUGAAGUUCAUAACUGAGAGGAUGAAAAAGGUGUACCGAAGAUUUUUGUUGUAUUUAUUUAUUUACCUUCCCUGUGUUUACUGAGCUGAAGUAAACACAUGUAAGGUAAGUAAUUAUAUACGCAUAUUAGUAUGGUGAAGAUGCAAUUCGGUAAAUUAGAAGGCUGGUGUUACACUCUCGAAGUUUCUGUGAUCAGAGUAGGAUUAUUGCAUAUAGGUAUAUUAUACUAGUCUUUAACAGAUGUUUGAGGGAACUCACUCAGUGUUUACUGUAACACUUUUUUAAAUUAACAUUUCUAACAAAUCCUUCAAGACUUUACCUAUGCAAAUCACAGAAACUUUGAUAGUGUAAACCAGUCUUAUAAAGCUUUUAGAUUAAAUAAUCAGUUUGAUAUUUAUAAACCAUAUAAGCCUUAUAUUUACUACAUAUAGCAUAAAAUGCAGGGCAUAAUAUAUUCAGUUCGUUUAUUAAAUAAUAUUUAAAUAAAACAGUAAUGUAAUAGAAGAUAAUGUAGAAAAGAUAAAAACAUAUAGAUAUUUAUUCUGGAGAAUAAAUAAAUAA